UGCAAUCGCAUAAAGUAGUACUAGUUUUCGAAAACCUCAGUCUCAUUCAUCAUGGACCAAACAGAAUUGACCACCAUCCCAUCGACCAUGUCCCCGGUCACUGUAUCCUUCUCGUGGUACGACUACGUAAUUUUCUCCGCUAUGCUAGCAAUCAGUGUCAUGAUUGGACUAUAUUUUGGUUGUUUUGGUACCAAGCAGUCCUCAGCCAGUGAGUACCUCAUGGGAGGCAAAAAAAUGCACGUUUUCCCCAUCGUGAUGUCCUUGGUAGCAAGUCACAUUUCUGGGAUAACUCUACUGGGAGUACCAGCAGAUGUGUACAAAUAUGGUGCUGGGUACUGGUUGUGCGUUCUAGCAUUCAUGAUCGUGGCAGCUGUGUCGAUUUUGAUUUAUUUGCCUGUGCUUUUUAACGCAGAGGUGACCAGUGUUUACGAGUACUUGGAAAAGAGGUUUGACCAGAAAACGAGGGUGUUUUCUUCAUUCUUGUUCGCGGUGUCGCAGGUGCUGUUUUUGCCGAUAGUGGUGUAUAUUCCAGCUCUGGCGUUUUCAGCAGCCACUGGAAUUAACCUCCACUUAGUAACUCCAGUGAUUUGCGGAGUUUGCAUCUUCUACACUACCAUCGGUGGCCUAAAGGCUGUAGUGUGGACCGACACUUUACAAUUCACAGUGACCCUAGGCGCCGCCGGUACGGUUCUAGUUCUUGGAGUUAAAGCAACCGGAGGUCUUGGGAACGUAUGGUCAAAAGCGGUGGAAGGAAAUCGUCUUGACAUUUUUGAUUUAGAUCUUGACGUCACCCGGAGUGACAACUUUUGGGCUCCUUUGGUCGGACUCACCUUUCUGUGGAUCGCUUGGACAAACACUAAUCAAGGGUGUGUCCAAAAGCUACUUUCAGUUCCAACACUAAAGGACGCUAAAUUUGCUACAUUCUACUACGGACUUGGUAUGGGUGUAGUCAAAACUGCGAGUGUUAUGACAGGGUUGAUAAUUUAUGCCAGAUAUUCAGACUGUGACCCUUUUUUGGCCAACCAGAUUAAACGGAAAGAUCAGCUACUCCCUUACUACGUUCUAGACGUAGCAGGGAACAUUCCAGGCCUCUCGGGACUUUUCAUAGCAGGAGUGUUCAGCGCAGGACUGAGUACCCUUUCGGCUCACCUCAACUGUCUAUCAGGAACCAUUUACGAGGACUUCGUCAGUAAAUGUGUGUCCCGGGACAUCACAGAAAAAACCAAGAGCAACUACCUCAAACUAAUUGUUGUAAUCUGCGGUGUUGUUUGUACUGUUUUGGUUUUCAUUUUUGAGCAUCUAGGGGGAAUAUUACCACUAGCAAUAGGUUUCGGAGGGAUGACUGCCGGUCCUAUGCUUGGAAUGUUCACAAUGGGAAUAUUGUUCCGAAGGGCUAACUGCAAGGGUGCUUUUUAUGGAGGCGUGGUGGGACUAGCUUUAAUCACGUGUCUUGUAAUGCCAACUAAAUAUUUACAAAGUCGAGGGAUGAUCCACGCUCCUGAGAAACCGGUGUCAGUUGAAGGCUGUGCUUUUAAUUUCACGCAACACAGCAAUUCGACGACUGAAGAUAACUACGCCUUGGCCAUUUUCAAAAUCUCGUUUUAUUACUACACUUUAAUCGGUUUCGUCUUGACAAUGCUCGUCGGACUUAUUGUUAGUUAUUGCACCGAAGAAGACCAGAAAAUCGUCGACGAGGAGUUGUUGAGUCCCAUGAUUCGACACACUGAUCUCGAUUACAAAAAUGGGGUCAUUACCGAAUACAAUACGGUGGAAAAAGCACUCCAUUUGGUCACCGAUAAUUCGGCAAAGGGUGACUCAGCUUUGUAAAAUUUUAGUUUUGACAGUUUUUAAUAAAUAAUUUGGCAAAAAUAA